UCGUCAUCUCGCGACGCCGCGCGAUCGCGAUCGCGACGCGCGCCGCGCCCGGACGCCGACGAUGAAACCGUCCGACGGCGUCGACGUCGCGCGCCGCGCGUCGUCGACGUCGCCGCCGCGCACGCCCGAGCGCGACGCGACGAUCGCGCGGCGACCGCGGCGCGACGAUGCGACGGUGCCGACGACGACGACGACGGACGCGACGGCGCGAGCGCGCGCGGACGCGAGCGAGUGGUUGGAAUUCGACGGCGCGCGCGACGACGGGCCGCUGGAGGGGUUUCCGUACGAACUCGGGGCGCUGGACUCGGGGCGCGGACGAAUCGCGUCACGCGCGUCGACGCGCGCGAUGGCGCUCGAGGGCGCGUCGGGGACGAGCGACGGCGCGGUGAAGUCGAACGCCGGUGAUUUCGCGACCGACGACGGCGCGACGGAAUGGGACGCGAUGUGGUCGCGCGGCAUCGAGCGCGGGCAGGCGUUCGAUUGCAGUCGAACCGAACCCGCGUUUGAGCGGUUUUUGAGCGCGCGCGCGGCGACGGGACGGGGCGCGAGCGCGCUCGUGCCGGGCUGCGGGCGCGGGUACGCGCUCGCGUCGCUCGCGCGCGCGGGAUACGAGGUUUGCGUUGGUCUGGAGAUCUCGAACACGGCGCGCGCGAGCGCGUUGGAACACCUGAAGACGGAGGACGUGCCGUCGACGGCGGUGGUGGAGGUGAUGGUGGAGGAUUUCUUCGCGUUCGCGCCCGAGGAAAAAUUUGAUUUGUGCUACGACUGCACGUUUUUGUGCGCCAUCGAUCCGCGGCGACGCGAGGAAUGGGCGCGCGUGUACGCCAAUUGCGUGAAACCUGGCGGUAUUUUGGUGUCCGUGGUGUUUCCGUGUGGGGAUUUCGAGGGUGGUCCGCCGUACGCUUUGACGCCGGAAAUCGUGCGCGACUUGCUCGCGCCCGUCGGUUUCGAAGAAGUGUCGCUGGAAGAAACGCCCGCGGAGCUCUACGCGCGAGGACGCUUGGAAUAUUUACACGUUUUUAAGCGAAGUGCGUUAAGCGAAGUGCGUAGCGUAGCGUAG